AUGGCGAUUCCUCAAUCUUGUACCGUUCUCGUAGCAGGGGGUGGCCCUGGAGGUUCUUAUACCGCGGCUGCUCUCGCACGUGAAGGCGUUGAUGUUGUCUUGCUCGAAGCAGACAGCCACCCCCGAUACCACAUUGGAGAGAGCCUGCUCCCUUCAAUGAGAUACUUACUACGUUUUAUCGACCUGGAAGACACUUUCGAGCAGCAUGGAUUCCAGAAGAAGCUCGGUGCAUUUUUCAAGCUCAACGCAAAGAGUGCGGGAUACACUGACUUCAUCCGGGCCAACGGUCCUAAUGGAUAUUCUUGGAAUGUGGUAAGGUCCGAAUCGGACGAGAUUCUUUUUCGCCAUGCCGCAAAGAGCGGUGCAAUGACCUUCGAGAAUGUCUCCUUGAAGUCGGUCAAUUUUGAGCCUUAUAAGAACGAGGAGUUCUCCAGCCUACACAAAUUGGCCAACCCUGGACGACCUGUUUCGGCCGAAUGGACGACGAAAGAUGGUCGUUCUGGUACCAUAUCGUUCGAUUACUUGGUGGAUGCGACGGGUCGAGCUGGUGUUCUGUCGACCAAGUACCUCAAGAAUCGCAAGUUUAACGAAAGUUUCAGAAACAUUGCGAUGUGGGGGUACUUCAAGGGUAAUAUUCCACCAAGCCCAGGAACAGACCGCGAAAAUCAGCCCAUAUCCGAAGGCAUGAGAGAUGGAUCAGGCUGGGUGUGGAUGUUGCCUUUGCACAACGGCACAGUAUCAAUCGGAGCUGUUGUUCGAAAGGAUAUUUUCCUUGCCAAGAAGAAGGCAUUGCCGGAAGGGACAACGGAGGCCGAAACCCUGGCGAGCUUAGUUGGACUCUGCCCGACGAUAUCUUCGUAUUUGGAACCGGCGGAACUGGCUUCUGGUAUCAGACAAGCCACAGAUUAUUCCUAUAGUGCCAGCGCCUAUGCCGGUCCAAACUUCCGUAUGGUCGGCGAUGCAGGAUGUUUCAUUGACCCCUUCUUCUCAUCUGGUCAUCAUCUGGCCCUGUCCAGUGCCCUGGCAGCGGCGACGUCCAUCCAUGCGUCCAUCCGGGGAGACUGCAACGAAUUCGAUGCCUCCAAGUGGUACGCGAAAAAGGUUCACGAAGGGUACACGUUAUUCCUUGUUGUGGUAAUGGCUGCUCUCAAGCAAAUCCGCAUGCAAGAACAGCCGAUCCUGUCUGACCUUGAUGAGGAAGGCUUUGAUCGAGCAUUCGCGAUCCUCAGGCCAGUCAUCCAAGGAGUCGCAGACAAGGAAACGGCACCAAAGACUACGACAGAGUCGAUCACCGAAACUAUCGACCUCUGCCUUAAUGCGCUCAACGACCUGCACGACACAGAGCUGCAAGGAAAGUUGACCAACAUCGUGGAGGCAAAAGGCACACCCGAGCAAGCACAACUGCUCGGGAAACUUUCGCCGGAGGAGACGGCAGCCCUUCAGCGCAUGCGCGCCAUGCAUUCAAUCCUCCCCAUGGGUGAGCUUGAGGAUUUCGAGAACAGCAAUAUAGACGGCCUGAAAGCUCGACUCAAGCGUGGGAGUCUAGGACUUUGUCGUGACCGUGCAGGUAGUUUUCAACAUGUAGAUUAG